GACGGCGCAACCUCGGCGCUCUUGUGCGCGUCAGAGUGGCAUUACUCUCUGGGAACCAGUAUCUCCUUUUUUCAGUCUCUGGGCUUUUUAAAAAAGAGCCAGAAGCUUCAAUGUUGGAUGCCGUGCUAUGACAACGUCACUGCUCCUCCGUCCUCGCUGGGUCGACCCGUCGGUGAUGUUCCUCUACGACAACGGCGGCGGUUCCGAUGAAGUUAGCAAGAACAUGGAGGGUUUUGCUGGUGGCAACUUUGCUGCGAACCAGUGUAGGAAUCUGAUGGCGCACCCCGCGUCCCUGGCACCCAGCACGGCUUAUUCGUCCAGCGACGUGCCCACCUCCGGUAUGGGCGAGCCAGUGAAACAGUGCAGCCCUUGCUCUGCAGCUCAGAAUUCAUCCAGCGCGUCCUUGCCGUAUGGGUACUUCGGUAGCGGCUAUUAUCCGUGCAGAAUGUCGCAUCACAGCAGCAUAAAAUCGUGCGGAGCGCAGCCCCCCUCUGCGUAUGGAGAGAAAUACAUGGACACGUCCGCCUCGGGCGACGACUUCACCUCUCGGGCAAAGGAAUUCGCUUUUUAUCCGACCUAUCCUUCAGGUCCAUACCAACCUGUCCCCAGUUACCUGGAUGUUCCUGUGGUGCCAACAAUCAGUGCGCCGUCAGAGGCCAGACACGAAUCCCUGCUGCCUAUGGAGAGCUACCAACCGUGGACUCUCGCCGCCAACGGCUGGAACGGCCAGGUUUACUGCGCCAAGGAGCAGCCCCAGCCUGGACACAUGUGGAAGUCCUCCAUACCAGACGCGGUGUCCCACGCCGGGGGAGACUCUGGCUCUUAUCGACGUGGAAGAAAGAAGCGCGUGCCAUACACCAAGGUGCAACUGAAGGAACUCGAGCGCGAGUACGCGGCCAAUAAAUUUAUCACGAAGGACAAAAGGAGGAGGAUAUCAGCCCAGACCAACCUGUCCGAGAGACAGGUCACGAUAUGGUUUCAAAACAGACGCGUAAAGGAGAAGAAGGUUGUCAACAAAUUGAAAACCAUCAGCUAGUUUUUUUUAUAGCGGACAAAUAUCUGUGGGAGAUAAACUACUAGGCCUACACACACACACACACACACACACACACACACACACACACACACACACACACACACACACACACACACACGUUUGGACUUAUGGAUUGGAACAAUAAAACUCCUUCCUGAUUGAACCUGAUUUGUAUGUUGCCAAAUAAUUUCCCGGAGCUUCUGGAACAAAAUUUUGCGGCCUGUGAAUGCUGGACCCUCCAUUUCCUGCCACAUGUUGUUAAAUAUUGUUUAAGGAGUCAAGUGGGGGAAAAAAAGAGAAAAUAUAUAGCUGAAGUAUGUGUGACUUCUUUUUUUUUUUUUUUUUUUCGCUUUUGGCAUGCUCACUCUCAAAGGGGAAACUGACCUCAACUCAGAAAGGUGUGCGCCACCGAGCUACGCCUUUAUCUGCAAGUUUAACGAGAGUGAUAAAUGCGAAGAUUCACAGGAAGUGACGGUGUUGCGGAUUUGGACCUUGGGAAUGUUAAAUAUUAAUCUCUCCUGGCUUCCUUUUCAAAACCUAUUCACAUGCUUAGCUUGUAUGAAGUUUAGUCUUCUCAUAAUAUGAACCCGUGCUCUCAUUCAUAUCCAAUCCAAUGCAUCCAAAAUGCAAUUCUUCUUAUUAUAAUGCUUAGAUAAUCGUUCGGGAUAUGUGUUCAUAUCAAUCAUAGCUUUUAUAAUGUGUGCGUAUUCAUGUGGUUGUAUAUAAAGUAAAUUCCGGCAUGAUAUCCAUGUUAUUUGUGUGUGAGUCCAGUAUGUCGGUGUAAAAGUCCGUCACAAUAAAAUGUGGGCUUGGUUGAAUUUUAA